AUGGGACUACAAAUUCAUUUUGUGAUUGACCCGCAGGGGUGGUGCUGCAUGGGCAUGAUUAUCUUCGUCUGGCUUUACAACACACUCUUUAUUCCCCAAAUUAUCCUCUUUCCUCACUAUGAAGAGGGACAUACUUCAGCUGCAGCGAUAUUGUGCUACUACUUAGUCUCAUUGUUUUGUAUAGUUUCGUUAUUGAGAGCCUCCAUAGCUGAUCCAGGAAAACUACCUGAAAGGCCAAAGAUACCACUCACAGAACGAGAAUGUUGGGAACUAUGUAAUAAAUGUAAUAUGAUGAGACCAAAGCGAUCCCAUCACUGCAGUCGCUGUGGACACUGUGUUAGAAGGAUGGAUCACCACUGUCCGUGGAUUAACAAUUGUGUUGGUGAAGACAAUCAUUGGCUGUUUCUGCAGCUAUGUUUCUACACUCAGCUUCUUAGUUCCUAUACAUUGAUACUUGAUUUCUGCCACUACUAUUAUUUUCUACCUCUGAAAAAAGUUAACUGGGAUCUCUUUGUAUUUAGACAUGAACUUGCCUUGCUAAGGAUAUCGACCUUCAUGGGCAUAAUAAUGUUAGGUGGAAUAAGUGGACUCUUUUACACUCAGCUAAUGGGUAUUUUCACUGAUACAACAAGUAUAGAAAAAAUGUCAAACUGUUGUGAAGAAAUAUCGAGGCCCCGAAAGCCAUGGCAGCAGACCUUCUCAGAAGUUUUUGGCACUCGCUGGAAGAUCCUGUGGUUUAUUCCUUUCAGGCAGAGGCAACCACUGCGAAUUCCCUACCACUUUGCCAAUCAUGUCUAAACAGAUGGAUGGUGGGCACAGAUGGGU